CGAGCCGCAGCCGAGCGGCCGUGGGCCCGGGCGGCGGGCGGAGACGGGGGCGCCCUCCCCCCACGGCCCGCGUGAGACUUGUUUCUUAUAUGUGAUGCCAUUCCAGCACUGGACUCAUGGAGGCUGAACAUUUAUUCAGAUAAGGGAAACUGAGGCAUGAAGAGAGAGUCCAUAGAGGCUACUAUAUUCUACUGAAGAAGAUGUCUAACAGUAACACUACUCAAGAGACCCUGGAAAUAAUGAAAGAAUCAGAAAAAAAACUGGUAGAAGAAUCUGUAAACAAAAACAAAUUUAUAUCUAAGACUCCAAGUAAGGAAGAAAUUGAAAAAGAGAGUGAAGAUACCAGUUUGCGUCAGGAGACACAGAGGCGGACAUCCAGCCAUGGUCAUGCCAGGAAAAGAGCCAAGUCUAAUUCCAAGCUCAAGUUGGUACGUAGCCUGGCAGUGUGUGAGGAGUCCUCUGCCCCAUUUGCUGAUGGGCCACUAGAAACCCAGGAUAUAAUUCAAUUGCACAUCAGCUGCCCCUCUGACAAAGAGGAAGAAAAGUCCACAAAGGAUGUCCCGGAAAAGGAAGACAAGGACAAAAACAGAGAAAAGGUCCCAAGGAAGAUGCUGUCUCGAGACUCCAGCCAAGAAUAUACGGACUCCACUGGAAUAGACCUACAUGAAUUUCUUGUAAAUACACUGAAAAAGAACCCAAGGGACAGAAUGAUGCUGCUAAAAUUAGAACAGGAGAUUCUGGAAUUUAUUAAUGACAACAAUAACCAGUUCAAGAAGUUCCCUCAAAUGACCUCAUAUCAUCGGAUGCUCUUACACCGGGUAGCUGCCUAUUUCGGGAUGGACCACAAUGUUGAUCAAACUGGAAAAGCUGUCAUCAUCAAUAAAACCAGUAACACAAGAAUCCCUGAACAGAGGUUCUCAGAACAUAUAAAGGAUGAGAAGAAUACAGAAUUUCAACAGAGAUUCAUUCUCAAGAGAGAUGAUGCCAGUAUGGACCGAGAUGAUAACCAGAUCAGAGUUCCAUUGCAGGAUGGAAGGAGGAGCAAGUCAAUAGAAGAGAGAGAGGAGGAAUAUCAAAGGGUCCGAGAGAGAAUAUUUGCCCGAGAGACUGGCCAGAACGGAUAUCUAAAUGACAUCAGACUCUCCAAAGAAGCCUUUUCUUCUAGCUCUCACAAGAGAAGGCAGAUUUUUAGGGGGAACCGUGAGGGACUAAGCCGCACCUCAAGCAGCCGCCAGAGCAGCACAGACAGCGAACUCAAAUCCCUGGAGCCAAGGCCUUGGAGCAGCACAGACUCUGACGGAUCCGUUCGGAGUAUGCGGCCCCCUGUUACCAAAGCCAGCAGUUUCAGCGGAAUCUCUAUCCUCACCCGGGGUGACAGCAUCGGGAACAAUAAAAGUGGCAGUGCAGGAAGGAUCUCCAGGCCAGGUAUGGCACUAGGUGCCCCAGAUGUGUGCAACCAGGUCACCUCAUCCCAGUCUGUCCGGGGUCUUCUCCCUUGUACUGCCCAGCAGCAGCAGCAGCAGCAGCAGCAGCAGCAGCAGCAGCAGCAGCAGCAACUUCCUGCUCUCCCACCCACGCCUCAGCAACAGCCACCCUUGAAUAAUCACAUGAUCUCACAGCCAGUCCCAGCUCUGCAGCCCUCUCCGCAGCCUGUUCAGUUCUCUCCAGGCUCCUGUCCCCAAGUCCUUCUGCCAGUCUCUCCACCCCAGCAGUACAACAUGGCAGAUGACCUCAGCAACCCCUUUGGACAGAUGAGCCUUAGCCGCCAAGGUUCUACUGAAGCAUCUGACCCAUCCACAGCUCUGUUCCAGCCCCCACUUAUCUCCCAGCACCCUCAGCAGACUAGUUUCAUCAUGGCUUCUACGGGUCAGCCCCUCCCCUCUUCCAACUAUUCCACCUCUAGCCAUGCACCACCUACCCAGCAAGUCCUGCCACCCCAGGGCUACAUGCAGCCCCCUCAACAGAUCCAGGUUUCUUACUAUCCCCCUGGACAGUAUCCUAAUUCCAACCAGCAAUACCGACCUCUCUCUCACCCGGUGGCCUACAGCCCCCAGCGUGGUCAACAGUUGCCUCAGCCAUCCCAGCAGCCUGGUUUACAGCCCAUGAUGCCUAACCAGCAGCAGGCGGCUUACCAAGGCAUGAUUGGGGUCCAGCAGCCACAGAACCAGGGCCUGCUCAGCAACCAGAGGAGUGGCAUGGGGGGCCAGAUGCAAGGCCUGGUGGUUCAGUACACUCCACUGCCUUCUUACCAAGUCCCAGUGGGUAAUGACUCACAAAAUGUGGUCCAGCCGCCUUUCCAGCAACCCAUAUUGGUCCCUGCGAGCCAGUCUGUACAAGGGGGUCUCCCAGGAGGGGGCGUGCCGGUCUACUACAGCAUGAUCCCUGCGGCUCAGCAGAACGGUACAAGCCCUUCUGUGGGGUUUCUGCAACCUCCUGGCUCUGAGCAGUACCAGAUGCCUCAGUCUCCCUCCCCCUGCAGUCCACCACAGAUGCCACAGCAGUACUCAGGAGUGUCACCUUCUGGACCAGGUGUGGUGGUCAUGCAGCUGAAUGUCCCUAAUGGACCCCAACCUCCCCAGAACCCAUCCAUGGUCCAGUGGAGUCACUGUAAAUAUUACAGCAUGGACCAGCGGGGGCAGAAGCCUGGAGACCUGUACAACCCUGACAGUAGCCCCCAGGCCAGCACGCAAAUGAGCAGCAGCCCCAUCACCUCUCCUACCCAGUCCCCAGCACCCUCUCCUGUCACCAGCCUCAGCAGUGUCUGCACAGGACUCAGUCCCCUUCCUGUCCUCACACAGUUCCCGCGGCCUGGGGGUCCAGCACAGGGUGAUGGGCGCUACUCCCUCUUGGGCCAGCCAUUACAGUACAAUCUGUCCAUCUGCCCUCCUUUGCUCCAUGGCCAGUCGACUUACACGGUGCACCAGGGACAGAGUGGACUGAAGCAUGGAAACCGGAGCAAGAGACAAGCACUCAAAUCUGCCUCCACUGACCUAGGGACGACAGAUGUUGUCCUGGGGCGGGUGCUGGAAGUGACGGAUCUCCCUGAGGGCAUCACUCGGACCGAGGCGGACAAACUCUUCACUCAGCUUGCCAUGUCCGGCGCCAAGAUCCAGUGGCUCAAGGACGCUCAGGGGCUGCCUGGCGGGGGUGGGGGGGACAAUAGUGGGACUGCCGAGAACGGCCGCCACGCGGACCUCGCUGCCUUGUACACCAUCGUGGCUGUGUUCCCCAGCCCCUUGGCUGCCCAGAAUGCCUCCCUUCGCCUCAACAACUCCGUGAGUCGCUUCAAACUUCGAGUGGCCAAAAAGAACUAUGACUUGAGGAUCCUGGAGCGAGCCAGCUCCCAAUAAACAGGAGGGGAAGGGACUCGCAAAGCAGUGGUGGGGGCAAGGUGGAGGGAGUUGAGGCGCCCUGAAGGACCGUGGACAGAGGGAGAGAGGAGGUGGCGGGCCCUGUGCUGGAGCCUGAGACAGCAGGGACGAAGACAGAGACAGACACUCAACUCACACUGGCACUGGACUCCUCCUCACCCCCUGCUGUGGGUCCUCCCGUUUUCCCUGGCGGGCCUCUGUCUGCUUCCUCCCCAUCCCAUCCUCUUCUAUUAUUUUUUAUCUCCUCUCCCACCAUGAAAUGAAUUUCAUAUUUUUUGGUCAGGUAGAAUUGGGAGGGUCUUAACACUCCCCUAUUCUGCUAUUUCCUUACCAUCCCAAGCUCCCUUUUCUUUUUUUGGUCUUUAUGAAUAUAUUUAUAUGGACAGAAUUAAGAAAAAUGAAAUUGACUUCCCUUUCUUCUCACUUCCCCCAUCUUGUCACCCCAAACCCUGCAGAGUUGAAACUCGGGCCUCCCCCCACCCCAGAACACUCGUACAUCGUUUGUUUGAGGUUCGUGCCGCAGUAACAGAUAUAGUAUUUAAUUGCACAUACAGAUGUUUGCUGGGUAUAUUCACUGUAAAUUUUAUUUAAUCUGACUUUUUGUUUGUUUGGGGGUUUACUUGGGGGGGAGGUUGAUUUUGUUUUUAAAUAUAAAAAAAAAUCUGUCACUGGA